GGGGGUGGACAUUGACUUGACCCACUGUUUGAUCGAAAGCGAAAGCACGAGGUCAUUGAGCUUGAAUUUUGCCCACAACUUGGAAUUUCCUCCAAUUUCAGUGCAUUCUCUUCCUUCUCUCAUCUGCUUCCAUUUCAGUUCCGAUCAUGGCUUCCUCUGAUGGUACACAGAAAAUUUCUGCAGAGAAGUUUAACAUUCAGAAAAUCAUAGGUGACAUAGACUCCUUGCUUGAGCGUCUUCCAACACUCGAGCACUCUGCCACCGGACUCACACCUAACAACACCGACCGCAAUAAUGUCAGUGACGGCAACCCGAACAAUGGCAACAAGGGCGGCAACAUCCCCAGCAUCAACGGCGGCGACAGCAAUCAAAAGAAGGAGAUCGACGAAAAUAAGAAUGGCCACAACGUUUCAGAUCAGGAUCCAUGCGCUAGGAUCUGGACUCUGCUUACCUUCGGGAGCAGUGCCGAUAAUAAGGAGAACAACUCGGAGGCAAAGGACAGCGUCAAUAGCAGCAGAAGCAGCAACGACAGCAGCAAUCAAUCUCACUUGGAGAGAAUAACGAAAACGCUUACUCAAGUGAAAGCUGCCUUGAUUGAACUCAAGAAACUUGAAGAAGGUGAGCUGGGAAAACGAAUACAGCCUCAUCUGCGACGUGUCGACGCCAUCCUUGGACCUCAGGCACCAGCCCCUGCUGAUUCCUCUCCAUUUACACUAACUGAAGCCAACCUUCGAGAAAUCUCCAAGGAAAUCAUGAAGAUAAAGAACCAGAUUCCGUCACUGCUCAAACUCUCCCUAACGGGUCCCGGAUCUUACAACAAUUCAGAGACGAUCAAGAACUCCCAUGCCUGCAGUGCCUUCCAUGGAAAUCUCAACCCACACAAAAGUACAAUCUUUGAGAAGAGCUCCUUUUUCCGUGAAAUUGAGGAAAUUUAUGUUCACCUUGAUGAUCGUAAAGAUGAGAAAUUCUUUUUGUCGUGUUUCGCAAUGCUCCCGGAAAAUGCCGUGGUGAAGAGGAGGCUUUUGACAUAUUGGUGGGUCGGAGAGGAGCUAGUGAAAACUUCAAAUGAUGGAAAGACAGCUGAGAAUUAUGUUGAUCAAAUUCUGAAGACAUUCAGAGAGAAGGGAUUAAUCAAGCCUGCUAAGAAAGAGCUGAGAGGGGAAGCUAAAAGCUAUAGAAUGCAUCCUCUUGUGCGCUCUGUUGUGAUUAAGCUUUCCGAGAAGAAGUUCUUUGCUUUUAAUGAUAAUGGAAUUCUGACAGGGAAUCUCUCGGACUCCAACAAAAGGGCUUGUGUUACAAAGUCUUCUGUGCCUCUCGACACGGUGUUAACGAAGGAACAGGUGGCGGAACAGGAUCAGGAAGUUAAAAAAUUUGAUGAGGAAUGGAGGAAUUUAAAUCAGGAACAUCUUUUUACGAUAUUCAAUGUAAAUGAGCCAUUUCCUGAUCUCAAAUUGCAGCUUUUAGCAAAGAAGAAAGAAUUAAGUGUGGUGGAAUGGUUAUCGAAGAUGAAAAACGUUAAAGUCCUUUAUCUUGGAAGAUGGCAGAAAUCCGCUACCUAUCACAUAGAGGUGGAGAGCAUUGAAUUCUUAAAAGGGUUGAAGAGUAUGAAAGAGUUAAGGCUUCUUAGCCUUCAAGGGAUCUCCAGAAUUAACGAGCUUCCAAGUUCUAUAGGAAAGCUCAGCAAAUUGAUGAUCUUAGAUGUGAAGGCAUGUCAUAAUCUGGAGGAACUUCCGCAGGAGAUAUCCAGACUCAAGGAACUGAGAUACCUGGAUGUUUCAGAUUGUUAUAUGCUGGAUCGGAUGCCAAAGGGGCUAUCUUCCCUCACAAAACUCCAAGUCCUUAAGGGGUACGUUAUUGGGAAUCCGCAAAGCGGAAGCUUCGGCACCUUAGAUGAUUUGAAAGAUUUAAAGCAUUUGAGGAAACUGACAAUCAGCGCAAGUAGCCACGAAGUCCCUACUUCAAAAGACCCCGAAUUCCCUACUCCAAAAGACCUGCUUGCUCUCAAAAGCCUUGGAACCAAUGGGGCGCUUCGAAAGCUGACAUUAGCAUGGGGAUCAAAGCAAGGCACUGUUGCACAAAAGACAUCAAGAGUACCCAGCUAUAAAAAAACCCCCAGCAUGCUACGAAGGAAGUUGUCGAAGAAGAGUAGUUACGAAAGUCCGGAAGCGAAGCUUCCUGAGAAAUUGGAGAAACUGGAUCUUCAGUGUUACCCAGGGACAGAGAUACCUAGUUGGCUGGUACCUAGCAACAUGAAGAGCCUAAAGAAACUCUUUAUUAGAGGAGGAGGGCUCGAAACUCUGAAGAAUGAGAAGUGGACUGUUGAGACUUUGUGUUUGAAGUACUUGAUUGGCUUGAAGUUAGAUUGGAUAGAAUUGCAGCAAAGAUUUCCAAAUUUGGCUUACUUGGAGAAAGUCGGAUGCCCAAGGAUCACUUUCUGCCCUUGCGACGAGGAUGGAGUAUGGAAGAAGCCUACAUCAAAUUGAAUUAUUAUAGCAGCAGCUCAAGUGACCAAAAAAAGUAAAAAUAAUAUUUUGUGAAAUGGUUAUUGUUUUCUACUCGGUGGACAAUGUUAGAACACUGUUGUAUGUUUGUUCCUACUUGUUUU